CGAGAGUUGGCAGCGCUGGCGCGGCAAGUUCCGGGCAGUGACGCCGCGAGCGGUAGGCGCGUGGCAUUCGUGGAGUCGUCUCCUGGUUUCACGCCCGCGAUGUCGAUUCACUUCUCCGGGACCCUCACCCGCUCCGCCGGCGCGAUCAGCGCGAUCAUGAAGCAGCUGAGGCGCGUCAAUCUAAAGCCCGUCAGCAAGAUCGACGUUCGUUUCGAUCCGUUCGACGCUCGGGCCAAAGAGACGAGGGACUUUCUGUUUUACUUUAGCGGCUCGAAACUCCGCGCGACGAACCCGCAGUGCUCGCUGAAAACGGAGAUCGUGUGCGACCGUUCCGAGCCGAUCGUCACGUUCAGCCUUCAGUCAGGUGAGAAAGUGGUGGUGAAAACGGGCCUUCUGACGAGCCUGAACAUUUUGGAGCUUUACAACAAGCACAUCACCAGCCUGGUCCCGCCCGAUCCGGCCGUGCUCGAGGCCAAAAAAGCGCUACAGGAAGAGAGGAGAAAGAAGAAGAAGCGACCGCAUCACAGAAUCAAAUUAUGGAGCAAGCGUAGAGGAGUGUACCACAAUAUAUAAGUUCUUCGGAGAUCCGCUCCAGCGAAACGCGUGUCUCUAAAUAAUAUCCCUUCGAUACGUCACUCUCACUCUGUUUCUCGACAUCUCGCAAGAAUAUAAUCAUUCACGCGAGUACAAAUUGCCGAUCUCGGGUCCAUUUUCUAUAGCGUAUAAACACUUGCCCGUAUUACAUGUAUCUAUUUAAAUUAGGUCGAAAGAGACGGAAGCCAAUAUAGAUAUCAAUAAUGA